AUGAGGCUUAAGGAAAAUUUUCAUGAUGAGGAUAUUGCACACAUUAUGGCUUUUCCAGUGGGGUUCUUUCUAUAUGAGGAUAAGCUUGUGUGGCAUUUUGACAGGAGGGGAAUUUACUCAGUUAAAUCAAGCUAUAGAGUUGCUUACCAGCUUAGAACUGUAGAUCCUCAAUCCUUAGCUACUGGUUCGAGGCUGAACUCUCAGAGCAAUAAUGUUUCCUUCUGGAAAUGGUUUUGGAAUCUUAAUCUUCCAAGAAAAGUAAUGUUCUCUCUUUGGGGAUUGUUUAAAGAAAGAAUUCUUGUCAAUACAUUGUUAAACAGCCGCUUUCCAAAUCUUACACCAGACUAUAUCUUUUGUCGCAAUAGAGAAACCUUCAAGCAUCUUUUUUACUACUGUCCUCAUGCCAUUUGGCCACAUUUCCCAUUGAAACUUAGAUCAGCUCUACUUGCUAAUAAUUCUAUGAUUGAUUAUUGGUUGGAGGUUGGUGCCCUUUAA